AUGAUCAUUCCUGUCCGUUGUUUUUCAUGUGGUAAAGUUGUUGGUGACAAGUGGGAACCAUACUUGACUUACCUUGAAGAAGAUCUCAGUGAAGCCGAAGCUCUCGACAAGUUGGGACUUAAAAGAUACUGCUGCAGAAGAAUGGUGUUGACCCAUGUUGAUUUGAUUGAAAAGUUCUUGAAGUACAACCCAUUGGAAAAGAAAGACAUUAACUAA